UUUAUUUAUAUUAUAAUUUUGCAAACAAAUUAAUUAUUAAUAAAGAGAAUCUUUUAAAAUCCAAUAAUUCGAACUAUUAUUGUAUCGUAUUGUAUUAGUACUGUACAAAUCGCAAUUUUUGUGAAUAUUAUCACAAAUCUGCCGAUCUACGCUGAGGUUAUUUGCAUUUCUUGUUUGAUUUUAGAUUAGAAAAAUUCAAUAAUUAUACAUAUAUAAUAAUGUACAACAACGCAAAUAUUGAACGCCAUUUAAUUAACGAUGAUAUAUUCAAGAAAAUAAACAAACGAUUUAUAAGUUUGGAUUUUCAUGAUGAGAGAAAUCACAAUCAACAUUUGAGUAGGGUUUUUGAAAAGUUAACAGAAGCUAUGCAACAGCAAAGCCCUCUGUUUAAAAAAAUGUAUGAAAGAAUUCUGUGGGCAGGUAGUUAUUACAAAAAAACUCGAGUUGGAGACCCAGGGGAAUAUGAUUUAGAUUUGGUCAUGAGAUUACCCUUUAAAGAGAGAGAUAUAAUAUUUAUCUCAGAUUGUCCAAGUUAUAUUAAAAUACGUACGACUUGGGGAGAUAGAGACAAUACGUUAAAUUUAGGACAGGAAGCAUUACGGGAAUUGAGUGCUUUUAUUGAUGAUGAAUCAUAUUUAAAUCAAGAUAAAUUUCGCGGAUGGAUAGAAGGAAUUUUAAGUAAAGUGGCUGAUAAAAAUAAUAAAAUUGUAUUCAGUGGUUAUAGCCCGAUAACGGUAAGAAAAACAGGACCAGCAUUUACGCUAACAGUUUCAUUUGAAGUUUCUGGAAAGCCGGUUGAUAUUGAUGUGGUUCCUGUAUUAGCUUUUUCAACCAGUAAACCACCACCAAGAUGUUCCAAAAUGUCAAUUUUAAAAAACUGUAAUCCAGGUUCUAGAUAUUGGUCCAUAGUCCCUAAACCUUUGAAUAAUAGUAGAGCCAAUUUCAAAGAUCGACGAAGUCGUUAUUGGCGAUUAUGUUUCUACGAGUUCGAAAAAGAUUUACUUUCUAAUCAAUCUAUUUAUGGGCGUGCGAAACCCAUAAUACGUCAUUUAAAGAAACUCAGAGACACACAAAAAUGGAACGCUAUUGCCAGCUAUUAUAUUGAAACAUUAUGUUUGAAUGAAUUAAACAUUUUUCGGAUUUCGAACAAGCAAUCAGAUACUUCUUUAUUCUUCACGAUGUUACAACAACUUCGUGAGGCUUUUCGCAAAGGCAGGAUAAGUUACUACUGGGAUGAAGAUCUUAAUUUAUUGGAACGUAUUACACAUGAUGAAAUGAGAAAUAUGGAAGGAAGAAUAAAUCGAAUUAUAAAAGAUAUCGAGACAACUAUCGCGAAUGAUAAAUAUGCAAUAGCAAGAUAUAUUCUAAAUGGAGACGAAUUGCGAUCUUUAAUUAAUCCAUGCAGUUCAUAUCAAUCAGAAUCAUCAGAAUCAUCAGAGUCAGAGCCUGCUAGCGAAUGGAAUUGCGUGAUUGUCUGACCACUCAAGGAAGAAGUCGACGAUAUUAGUGACGCAACGUAUCAUGGCAAGACAGCCGGCUUCGGCUGAAUGCUCCUGAGGGAUAUUUGAACCAAACAUACAUUUGUAAAUGGUGUUGAGUUGCAGAUUGACUGGUCUCUCUUCGCACCCAAAAUCCAAUCUCUUUCUUGGAUAAUAAUUUUUAAAUGGUCGUUUGACAGCGAUUUCAUGCUGCCUUAUUAUUUGAUUCUCUGGCGUUUUCUCGUUAUCUUUUUGUCUAAAAUUCUUCGACGAUUCGAUAUCAAUGUUACCGUUAUAUACUUCAUUUAUAUCAUAUUUCUUAUUGCUUAUAGUUUUGAUAUAUCCAUCAUGGGCAGAUGUCAUUAGCGAAGUGGACGUUGCCGUAGCCUCUUGCCCUAUUAUUCUGAUAUCCAUAUCCAACAUAGAAAGUGAAUUAUUAUAUUCAUCGUUCAAUAAAUUUUGGAUCAUCUUUG